AUGCCUGCCGCAGAUGCAGAUCCCAAGUCGGAGGGCCGACUCCUCCUCAUCUCCAAUCGCCUACCUAUCACGAUAAAGCGCUCGGAAGAGGGCAAAUAUGACUUCUCCAUGUCAUCCGGCGGUCUGGUCAGCGGCCUCAGUGGCCUAUCGAAGUCUACUACCUUCCAGUGGUAUGGCUGGCCAGGACUAGAAGUGCCCGAGAACGAGAUACAAACUCUGAAGGCUAGACUGAAAGAAGAGUACAAUGCGGUACCGGUCAUGCUGGACGAUGAGCUUGCGGACAGGCACUACAAUGGCUUCUCUAACUCCAUCCUAUGGCCCCUCUUCCACUACCACCCCGGUGAGAUCACCUUCGACGAGUCCGCCUGGAAUGCAUACACCGAGGCCAAUCGUCUGUUCGCAAAGGCCGUCGCGCAGGAUGUCCAGGACAACGACUUGGUCUGGGUACAUGACUACCACCUCAUGCUUCUCCCCGCCAUGCUGCGCGAGGAGAUUGGCAAGACUAGGAAAAACGUCAAGUUCGGCUUCUUCCUACACACACCAUUCCCGAGCAGUGAAAUCUACCGCAUCCUCCCCGUCCGCAACGAGAUACUCCUUGGCGUCCUCCACUGCGACCUUAUCGGAUUCCACACAUACGACUACGCAAGACACUUCCUCAGCAGCUGUUCCCGCAUACUUGGUCUUACGACAACACCAAAUGGCGUCGAGUUCCAAGGCAAGGUCGUGACCGUUGGCGCAUUCCCCAUUGGCAUUGAUCCCGAGAAAUUCGAGGAAGGCCUGAAGAAGCCCAAGGUCCAGGAGCGCAUUGCUACAUUGGAACGAAAGUUUCAAGGCGUCAAGCUCAUCGUCGGAGUCGACCGUCUGGAUUACAUCAAGGGCGUCCCUCAGAAACUCCACGCACUCGAAGUCUUCCUGACGGAGCAUCCAGAGUGGAUCGGCAAGGUCGUCCUAGUACAAGUCGCUGUUCCCAGUCGGCAAGAUGUCGAAGAGUACCAGAACCUGAGAGCUGUGGUCAACGAGCUAGUGGGACGGAUCAAUGGCAAAUUCGGAACCAUUGAGUUUAUGCCGAUUCACUUCAUGCACAAAUCCGUCUCGUUCGAUGAGCUCAUUGCUCUCUACGCCGUUUCGGACGUUUGCCUCGUCUCCUCGACCCGGGAUGGCAUGAACUUGGUCUCGUACGAGUACAUCGCCACGCAGGAAAAGCGCCACGGUGUCAUGAUCCUGUCGGAGUUCACGGGCGCGGCGCAGAGCCUCAACGGCAGCCUGAUCGUCAACCCCUGGAAUACCGAGGAGCUCGCGGAUGCGAUACAUGACUCUGUCACCAUGGGGGAUGAACAGCGCGCAAUCAACUACCAGAAGCUGGCGAGAUACGUCAAGAAGUACACCAGCGCGUGGUGGGGCAUGUCCUUCGUCAACGAACUCACUCGUAUAUCUGAGCAGGCGGACAAGAAGCUCAGAAUACGGCGCGAGAGCUCCGUUGCCGAACCGAAUGGCAAGGCUAGUGAGCAGCAAAAGCUCGAGGGAAAAGUCAAUGGGAAGGCCGAUACGUUGGCAAACGAGGCCGUUUCUCCGACCAUGGGCGCCAGUGAGGGCGACACGAGACCCAUGACUGCGCCUUGA